GCCGAUCAAAUAGUGUGAAACAGAGAUCAGUGAUCUUCAUGACGCAGGACGUUCGGAUCACCGUGCUCUUCGAGGGCCGUGAGUACUUGCUCGAGGCAGACCCGGCCGAGUCGGCCGAGACCGUAGCCUUCCAGCUCCACUCGCUCUGCGACGUCGCCGACAACGACCAGGUCCUCCUGACGUACGACGGGCGGCUCGUGUCGCCCGAAGACGGCGUGGCCGCUAUCACCCAGUCGAUGCAUCUUCUCCUCCUGUUUCGGCGCAGCGCAGCGAGCGGCGGCUUUGAACCAACGCGUGAUACCGACUGGCAAGAGACGUGUUCGCAGGUCGUGGCUCCAUCGACGCCGCUCGUGCAGCCCGCGUACACGCGACAGGAUGGCGCCAUGCUCUGCAGCGUAUGCGCGACCACGUGCUCGCCUCCCGCCCACCUCGUGACGCCCAUUCUCAAUGACGUGGCAACACGCAACGUCGUCCGCGGGUCCUUUGUCACGGAGCUGGCGGUGGUCAUCGGGGCCAUCGAUGUCUUGCCGCCGACGGGCUUUACAAAGCUGCCGAUGGACCUCAACCACGGGACGCCCGGCCCCUUUGCCUUUCUCUGCGUUCGCAAAGGCGGGAAACAAGCGCCCAUCGCACACGUCCAGGUCGCGUCAGGUUCGACGGUGCCGCCCGGGUACACGUUGCUGCAUGUGACGGCGACGACGUCGAUCUGCUACCGCCGGGCGCCGCCAUCGCUCUUCCGGUCGCUCGUCGGCUUUGGCAUCCGCGACGUCUCUGUCGGCAAGGACCACGCGUCGUCCAUGGUCGCUUGCCGCACGGCGCUCACCUCAUCGGGUGAUUGGACGCUCGCGUACGAUCUCGCGCCGUUCGCUGGGACGAUCUGCGGAUCCCACGGCGACUGUUUGUUUGCCGAGCGUAUCGUCAACAGCACCCCAGGCUCGUUCACAGCCCUCUCGGGCGCCCAAGUUGAAGCGAGUGCUGCGCUGGAGGCCACGCUUCGAACCCAGUGGGCCGCCGCCCAAGCGACAGCAUUUAUGGCGUCCGAGGCGUCGCUCCGCAGUACGCUCGAGCACCAGAGCCAGCGCGUGCGCAUUUACGAGCGCAAGGACAAGCAGGCCCGCGCGCUGGCGGUCGUUCCAGUCGCGACGCUCGAGGCCCGGGCGCGCGCCAACACUAAUAGUGUGCACAAGCGCUUUGAAGACGAAGUGCUGCACCAGCUCAUCCACUGGUUCAAGCACGAGUUCUUUUCCUGGAUGAACCAGCCGCCGUGCCAGGUGUGCGGCCAGGCGCCGACACAGCUCGUGCGCACGGACGGCCCGACGACUCCGGAGGAGGUCGCGGGCGAAGCGAGUCGUGUUGAAGUGUACCAGUGCGCUAGCUGCCGCAGCUUGACGCGCUUUCCGCGGUACAACGAUCCGGUCAAGCUCUUGGAGACUCGCACGGGUCGCUGCGGCGAGUGGGCCAACUGCUUUACGCUCUGCUGCCGCGCGAUGGGCUACGAAGCGCGCUACGUCCUUGACUUUACCGACCACGUCUGGACCGAAGUGUACAGCCCGGAAUACGGGCGCUGGUUGCACUGCGACCCGUGCGAAGACCAACUCGACUGCCCGUUGACGUAUGAAGUCGGCUGGGGAAAAGAGCUCCACUACAUCUUUGCCUUCUCCAUUGACCAAGUUGUCGACGUCAUUCGGCGCUACACGACGACGUACGAAGGCGGCGUUUUGGACCGGCGUACGCAAGCCCGCGAAGACUGGCUCGCGGCAACGAUCGUAGCUCUAAACCAGCGAGUGCAAGCGGCGCUGCCAAGUGCCCGGCGCGAGACGCUGCGGCUCCGUGCAUUGCACGAAGAGGCCGAGCUUGGUGCCGUCAAGCACGCCAAGGCGAGUGAGACCGAAGGGCGUGUGUCAGGCUCGACAGAGUGGAAGGAGUCGCGUCAGGAGAGCGGCAACAAGGCCGACGAUAUAGCGUCAACGACGACAACAGCCGAGAUAAUGUCGACGGUCGACGAGGUGCCACCGUCGCUUUGGCAGUCGCUGCUCGUGCAACUCGUCCACGGGUGCGCCAACGCCUUUUGUGUCAACCCCUUUUGCCUGCAUGUGGCCAAGGAGGCGCCAGGAUUUGAUCUGUCGAGUUAUGUGGCCUCGUCGCUGCAGCGCAUUCCAUCACUGCAAGCUGUCGUCACGUCCCGCCGCGCGUUUGACCAGCUCAUCUGCCCGCCGACAGACAAAAAUCUUCGAAGCCAGCUGUGGGCGGCGUCGCCGAUCGGGUACUGGCCGCUGCAGGACAGCAAGCACGUAGCCGUCGAUAUCUCGGGGCAUGCUGCGCAUCUCACGCACACUUGCGCUGCGGUCAACAAGCCCAUCGCGACCAAAGUUAACAAGGCGACGACCGGCUACCAGCUGCUGCCGCGCGAUACGUUGCGACUGACGGCAGACGUCGCGGCGCCGACGUGGAGUGUCGUCUUUCUUGUGCAGUGGCACGCGUACGCCGAUACGCUGGUCGAGUUUUUGCAUCUGCCCGAGCUCGACCUGCGCCUUGGUCUCACGGCCGACAAACGGCUCGCGCUGACGCUGGGGGCGACGACGACGCACAGCGCGUCACCGUUGGCCAUGGACACGACGUACCACAUGGCGCUUGUUGUCGACUCGUCGCGCGUCCGUGUCUUUGUGAAUGCGGCCGAGGUCGUCUCGCUGACCGCGGGGCCACCUACCGCGUCGAUCUCGCUACUGUUUGAGACGCAGGCGUUGGCGCAUGUGCCCAUUGUGAGUCAUCUCGCGCUGCUGCCGACUGCGCUGGAGCCGUCGACGCUCGAGGUCUUGGCGCGCUUGUCGCUGCCCGGCGCCAAGUUGACCAUGGCCGGUGUCAAAGGCGACACGGCUGACAUCCAACAGCACGUGUGCACGCUUGAUGCGGCGCAGAUGGACUCGGGCUACGUGCUCUCGUCGCUCCACUUGUGGUCGGGCACCUUCUUUGAUGGCCUCCAGUGCGCGUACACGUCGGCCACUGGCGAGACAGUCGACGGACCCCAACACGUUGUCGCCGCUUCCAAGGACCAAUCGCGAUCCCAUUCGCUGGCGCUUCUCCCAGGCGAAGUCAUCGUGCACGUGUCGGGUCGCCGCGGCGCGUGGACGGACGCGCUGAGCGUCACCACCAACUUUGGUCGCACGCUCAUUGGCGGCGGCCAUGGUGGCAGUCCGUUCGAGAUGGACAUUGCCCCGGGGCACGCAGUGCGCGCGUUUGGCUUUCAUAUUGACGACCACGUGUACAGUUCCGUGGUUUUCACAGCGCCGUCGCCCCGCGGUCCAGUGUUUCAAGCCCUAGAUGCGAUCCGCGCCUCAGUGCCCUCGUCGAUCCUGCGUACGGUGAUCGCGGCAGUGCGCCGGUACCUCGGGAACCUCGUUGCGACGCCAACCGAGCCAAAAUUCCGCAAAAUCAAGACCACAAACGCGUAUUUUGCCAAAAAUGUGGGGAUCCUUGACGACGCGACGGUGCUCACGCUCUUUACGGGUGCUGAUUUCGAGGCCGUGACCGAGGGCGACGACAAGUUUUGGGUCUUCCGCGGAAACCUCCACGCUGUCCACGCUGCCACGUACGACCUGACGACGUUCGCGGCGCUGCUCGCCGACAACUAGUUGGCUCUUUAGCUCGCUGUCAUAGUGUUUUUGACUACAGCCAAUAUCAACUAACAUUCUAAGCUUAGUUAGUCGUACAUA